GCACAGGUUGUUUUACACGCAUACGCGAGUAUUUCGCAUAUUUCUUAACGCCAACAAAAACUUUGUCGGCAGCCAAAUCCAAUAAGCAUCAAACUACACUCACUCACUCACAGCACAUGCUUCUUGGUUGGUUCCACAGACAAUACACAUAGACAAAAGAGUGUGUGUGUGUGUGUCUGUUUGGUUUUGGUUUUGAGGUUUUGAGGUUUUGAGAGUGAGAGAUCUCAAAUUCAAGACUAAUACAAAGUUCGAAACAGGUUUGAAUUCAACAACUUUGAUCUUUAUGUAUCAUGGGUUCAUUGUUAGUCCAAGACCAGUCACCCACAAAACGCUCAAAACCCCACUUCAAAUCCAAGCCAACCCUCAUCUCAGAUCGCUUCUCCAACCCCAAAAACCUUGAUUUCUCGACAUGGGUAUCCGACAAUUUCUCAAAAAUAUUCGCCAUUUCUCUCCUAGCUCUCACUGUCGCCGCCCUCUUCUUCCUACGCAACGCUGGCGACCCCUCUGCCCUUCUCUGCUUCACAACAACCCGCCAAUCAAAACAACCCCAAAAGAUCGAAUUCCCUGAAAUUCACUACAAUUCAAUCCCGCCCAUUCUAGAUAACUCCUCUCCUUUCUCUUCCUUUCGCUCUGACCAAUGGGUUGUGAUUUCUGUGUCCCAUUACCCUUCCGAUUCACUUGUUAAUCUUGUUAAAAUGAAGGGUUGGCAAGUUCUUGCAGUGGGUAAUUCGAGGACUCCCAAGGAUUGGAGUCUAAAGGGUGCAAUUUUCUUGUCAAUUGAACAACAAGCUGAUCUGGGUUUCAGAGUUGUGGAUUACCUACCUUAUAAUUCCUAUGUUAGGAAGAGUGUUGGGUAUCUUUUCGCCAUUCAACACGGUGCCAAGAGGAUCUUUGAUGCCGAUGAUCGCGGGGAAGUGAUUGGUGGGGAUCUUGGGAAGCAUUUUGAUUUGGAUUUGGGAGGUGUAGUUGCAAAACAUCAGAGAGUUUUGCAAUAUAGUCAUUUGAACUUGAAUCGGACCGUUGUGAAUCCGUAUAUUCAUUUUGGGCAAAGGUCAGUUUGGCCUAGAGGUUUGCCGUUGGAGAAUGUAGGUGAAGUUGGGCAUGAAGAAUUUUACACUGAAGUCAAUGGUGGAAUGCAAUAUAUACAGCAAGGUAUAUCCAAUGGCUUACCCGAUGUAGAUUCGGUUUUCUAUUCCACCCGAAAGUCAGGUGCAGAACCAUUUGAUAUAAGGUUUGAUGAGCAUGCCCCAAAAGUUGCUUUGCCUAGAGGUAUAAUGGUGCCAAUGAAUUCUUUCAAUUCAAUGUUUCAUUAUAAUGCAUUUUGGGCUUUGAUGCUUCCUGUUUCUGUUAGUACUAUGGCUUCUGAUGUACUGAGAGGUUACUGGGCACAGAGGCUUUUGUGGGAAAUUGGAGGGUUUGUUAUGGUUUGUCCUCCAACCAUUCAUAGACAUGAUAAAACAGAAACAUACCCAUUUUCAGAAGAGAAAGAUCUCCAUGUAAAUGUAGGCCGUCUUGUUAAUUUUUUGGUUUCAUGGAAGUCUGAUAAGCACAUGUUGUCUGAGAGAAUAUUGGAGUUGAGCUAUUCAAUGGCGAAAGAAGGUUUUUGGACUGAGAAGGAUGUGAAAUUCACAGCUGCUUGGCUUCAGGAUUUGAUUUCUGUUGGGUACUUGCAGCCAAGUUUAAUGGCGAUAGAGUUGGAUAAGCAAAGGGCAAUGAUUGUUGAUAGUGAUCGAAGAGAAUUCAUUCCUCAAAAGCUACCAUCUGUGCAUCUUGGGGUAGAAGAAUCAGGAACAGUGAAUUACGAAAUUGGGAAUCUGAUUCGGUGGAGGAAGAAUUUUGGCAAUGUUGUGCUCAUCAUGUUUGUUAGUGGGCCUGUGGAACGCACUGCUUUGGAAUGGAGAUUGCUUUAUGGCCGGGUAUUUAAAACCGUGAUUAUUCUAUCAAUGCAAGCUGAUGCAGACCUAGCAAUUGAGCAAAGUCAGUUGGAUCAAGUAUACAAGUAUUUGCCGAAGAUAUUUAACAGGUUUACUAGUGUGGAAGGAUUCCUGUUCCUUCAGGACAAUACCAUUCUCAACUACUGGAAUUUGUUGCAAGCAGACAAAUCAAAGCUUUGGAUCACCAACAAGGUUCUGCAGUCUUGGACUACUCUGCCAAUUACUGGGAAUGACUCGGUAUGGUAUUCAAAACAAGCUGAUAUGGUGAAGAAAUUGGUGAGCACAAUGCCCGUCCACUUGCAGGUUAAUUACAAAGAAAGUGGCCCGAGUGAGCAAAGCCUCACCAUAUGCAGUUCUGAGGUGUUCUACAUUCCUCAGCGUUUUGUGGCAGACUUAAUUGAUCUUGUAGAUCAAGUGGGCAAUCUCGAACUCCACCACAAGGUUGCAAUGCCUAUGUUCUUCAUGGCUAUGGAUUCACCACAAAAUUUUGACCCUGUGCUUAAUAUAAUGAUUUAUGAGACACAAGCACAAUCAAAUGACUCUUCACACUUGUAUUCUGCUCAAGCACCAGCUGUGCACCCAUGGAAUGUUUCUAGUGAGCCUGAGUUCAUAAAAUUGAUAAGAGUCAUGGCAGCUGGAGACCCUCUACUAAUGGAGCUGGUUUAGGAUGUAGGAAGAAACAAACAUAUACCACAAUGUCCAGUUUUUAUUAUUAUUUAUCCUUUUUA